AUGCCCUCACUCCGCAACAUCCUCCACAAACGCGACGAGCUGACCGAAGAUGCACCCCCAACACCGGAGUUCAAACUCGUCCGCUCAGACACACAUACCCAGGAAAUAAUCACUCCAGAAACAGACUACAUAACAUCCCCGACGCAAGAGACCCGCUCUUCCCCGCGCCGCAGCUUCCAGCUCUUCAACCGCUCCAGAGCAGGCUCCUCGUCCUCGCAGUCUCCCCGCCGCGAGCGCCGUCUCUCAAAUCUCCUCCAUCUCGACUCCCGUAGUCGCAGUAACUCGCGCGACUCGGCGAACCUGCCUGCGGAUUUGCCGCAAAUUGAAGAUGAUCAGGGCGCAUCGAAGCAGGAGCGCGAAGCGCAGUGGGAGAAGAGGGCGACGGUGCUGGUUCAGCAGAAUCCGCAGUUCGGACACUCCGGCUCGUCUGGGACUGGACAGGGCGAGGAGCUGGUCGGUUUAGGGGUGGAGCAGGUGAGGUCGAGGAGCUCGAGUCAGAGUCGUGUUGUGUCGGACCCGGAUACGGAUGUUGAUAUUCAGGAGGCUAUUCGGUUACACGAAUCUGGUGAUCUUGAACGAUCCACGCAUAUGUUUGGGCAGCUUGCGGACCCAAAUGGUGCAAAUAACCCUCUCAGUCAGGUCUUGUUCGGCCUUGCAUUACGACACGGAUGGGGGUGUCCUCAAGAUCUGCCUCGCGCAGUAACCUACUUGUCGGCGGCAGCGUCCAACUCCGCCGCGGUAGAAGCCGAAGCACUGCGCGCUGGUGUGAAAAAAGGCGGGUCUGCCAAAGGCGAGCUCGUUUUGGCCAUGUUCGAACUUGCCAAUUGUUUCCGUAACGGUUGGGGGUUGGCGAAAGAUCCCGCGGCUGCUCGACAAUACUAUGAAACUGCAGCCAACCUGGGAGACACUGACGCUAUGAAUGAGGUCGGCUGGUGCUACCUCGAGGGCUUUGGAGGGAAGAAAGACAAGUUCAAAGCGGCCAAGUAUUACAGACUUGCCGAGGAGAACGGCUGCCCGACACUAGGCAACUCAUGGAUCUGGAAGGACAAGUACAACCCUAAAUGA